GUAGAAGGCGCGUUGUUACUCGCAGAGUCUGAACGGGUUUGGAACCUAUUCCGUUUAGGAAAGUGAGUUCGAUGGCGGGGCAGCUAACACGUGAAGGGAUUACCCUGAAGGGCAGCGCGGAAAUCGUAUCAGAGUUUUUCUUUUGUGGCAUCAAUAGUAUUUUAUAUCAGCGUGGGAUUUAUCCAUCAGAAACAUUCACACGUAUCCAGAAGUAUGGGCUCACACUGCUAGUCUCUACAGACCCAGCACUAAAAGAGUAUUUAAACAAAGUUACAGAUCAGCUUAAAGAUUGGUUGUACAAAUGCCAAGUACAGAAGCUUGUGGUUGUGAUUACAAGUAUUGACAGCAAUGAAAUUCUUGAACGUUGGCAAUUUGAUAUAGAGUGUGACAAAACUGUGAAAGACGGCAUUGUUCGUGAAAAAUCACAAAAGGUUAUUCAGGAAGAAAUUCGAUCAGUUAUAAGGCAGAUUACUGCUACUGUAACUUUUCUUCCUUUGCUGGAAACCGCAUGUGCUUUUGACUUGCUGAUAUAUACAGAUAAAGAUUUGGAAGUGCCUGAGAAAUGGGAGGAAUCUGGUCCUCAGUUUGUGUCCAACUCUGAAGAGGUUCGUCUGCGCUCGUUCACAACCACCAUCCACAAAGUAAAUAGUAUGGUGGCAUACAAAAAGAUAGACACUUUCUAAAAACCUACGAUCUUACUUUUAUAGAAAUCCUUAAUGUUAGCUCAUAUCUAGUUUCAUACAAAUAGUUUUAUGAAAUCUGUCCCUAGAAGUUGAUUUGCUACAUUAAGAAAAAGGAUCACAUUACUGUCAAGGAUACAGUGGCCUUGUUUUUAGUAUUGCCUUAUACCGUGAAGCAAUAAAUUGAAAAGGAUGGGGGUUUAAACCCAAGUAUGUUAAAGGAACAGUUCAGUGUAAAAAUAAAAAGUGGGUAAAUGGGCUGUGCAGAAUUUAAAAAAAAAGUUUCCAAUAUAGUUAGUUAGCCAAAAAUGUAAUGUAUAAAGACUGGAGUUACUGGAUGUGUAACAUAAUAGCCAGGACACUACUUCCUGCUUUUCAGCUCUCUAACUCUUGAGUUAGUCAGUGAUUUUGAGGGGGGCCACAUGGGACAUCCUUAGCAUGCAGCUCAGAUUCAAAAGCAACCGUUAUGACCCAUGUGCCCCCCCCCCUCAAGUCACUGAUUGGUUACUGCCUGGUCACCAAUCGGUGGAAACUAAGAGAGCUAUAAAGCAGGAAGUAGUGUUCUGGCUAUUAUGUUACACAUCCAGUCACUCCAGCCUUUAUACAUUACAUUUUUGGCUAACUAACCAUAUUGUAAACGUUUUUUAUUUUUUCAAUUUUGUACAUCCUAUCUAUUUACCCAGUAUUUAUUUUUACACUGAACAAUUCCUUUAAUGUGAUUUCGUAUGACUGUUACCUAAUAGUCACCCUCAAGUUCUUAAAUCCUGUUUCUUUUGCUGUAAGGGAUAAUUGCCCCCAACUAUGAUUCUGUUCAUAAGACUUGCAGCACAAUUGUAGGGCUCAGUUGUGCUAUGUUAAUUAAACCAUAUAUUUAAAAUGUUACUAGGAUUAGGCUGCAGCUAGUGAUGUGGGCUGAGGUUUUAUUUACCUUGUUUAGAAGUAGGGUUCUAAGAUAAACUCUGCUUAGAGAUCAAAUAUUUUUCUCUUUUAAUGCCUUUAUUCUGCUCGGGUUUCUGAUGCUAAAUAUAAAUGUCAUUUUUCAAAGUGAAACAACCCUUUGAAGCACAUUGACCUUGCACAAAGAAUUUAAGUACAUUAAGAAUCUAACAAUUUAUCUUCAGAAAAUGUGUACAUUCUUAGAAUAUAAGCAUAAUUAUCUAAAAGCAGGAUGUGUAAAGAUUUUAGGUAUGUAAAUUGAACUAUUGUAAAUGUCUUUUUUCUUUUUGUGUUGUAUCACUUUCAACUUGUCAGUUCUAUUCCUUUUAUAAAAUAAAAUACUUAAUAAUAA